AUGGCUCCAGCAGCUCCUUGGGACUCGGUCCCAGCCCGCGACACCCUCUUCGUGCUCGUCACAGGCGCCAACAGUGGCGUCGGUCACGGCAUCUGUGAGCGCCUCAUCGACGAGUUCCUCUCCACGCGCAACCGCACCUCCCACCUCGUCCUCCUUCCCACCACUCGCUCCGCCCGCAAGUCUUCCGAGACCGUCUCUCUUCUCCGAGGAUACCUCGUGCGUGCCGCCUCCUCGAGGGCCUCGCCGCAGGAGGCCGCCGUCGCCCGCGUCCACAUCUCGUCGGUCCAGCUUGACCUGUGCGACCUCUCCACCGUGCAGCGCGCCGCGGACCAGCUCCUCAGCGGCACCGUGCCGUUCGAGGGUCUCGGCGAGCUGAGGAUACCGAGGCUGGAUGCCGUCAUCUUCAACGCCGGCUUGGGCGGAUGGUCGCACGUCAGCUGGUUCGGCUUCUUCUGGGACAUCGUGACCCAGGGCUGGGUACAAGCCACCACCCGGCCACGCUCGAAGCGCUCCAAACCAGGGUUGACGGUGAAACCGCUGCCAGGCCAGGAGGACUCUCUGGGGCUGGUGUUCUGUGCCAACGUGUUUGGCCACUACCUCUUCGCACACUACCUAGUGCCUUUGCUGAGCCGCCCUGAUCAACCCACCAACGGGGGCAUCCAGCAGGACGGCGACGGCGUAGUGCCCGCCCCGGCCCGGAUCAUUUGGCAGAGCAGCGUGGAUCCAGCGCUUCGGCACUUUAGCCUCGACGACUUCCAGGCGCUCAAGAGCACCGCCGCCUACGAGAGCAGCAAGAUGCUGACCGACCUCCUCUGCCUGACUGCCGCCCUCCCGAGUACGGCUCGAUUUUCCAGCCGUUACCUUUCCUCGUCGUUGCCAUCGUCAUCCUCCUCCCAUACACCGAAAAUAUAUCUCGCCCACCCCGGUAUCGUCGCCACAACCAUGUUCCCCCUGCAUUUCACGCUCAUGUGGGCCUACAUUCUGGGCACGAGCAUCAGCCGCUGGCUCGGCAGCCCUUGGCACCCUGUCGUGCCGUACAAGGCAGCUGUCGCGACUGUGUGGCUUGCACUCUCGAGCCAGGCCGAGCUGGACGCGCAGGGCGCCGGCAGCUCUAAAUGGGGCUCUUGCACGGAUUUCUGGGGGAACACCAUGGUCAAGAGGACCGAGGUAGACGGCUGGGGAUGGACAGGAAAUGUGGAGAGCCCAGAACACAUGGAGAAGGAGGACGCCGGCGCGAUCAGGGUGCUGAGGAAGAGUGUAGGCAGGAGCGCUAGGGCGAUAAUGGUCACCGAGGAGAGCAGGGCCGAGUUUGAGGAGAUUGGCGCCAAGUGUUGGGCCAAGAUGGAGAGCUUGCGGGAGGAGUGGGAGGGGAAAAUAUCGCCAUCGAAGGCGGGGUGA